AUGCAGGUGAACAAUGUGACUGAUCUCGUACAGAUCGUUCUUCUGGGUUUUCAAGGCAGCACACAGAAAAAAACGUCCCUCCUUUGUCUGCUUAUUGUAGUAUUUUUGGUCACAAUAAGUGGGAAUCUCCUGAUCAUCACCCUGGUGUCCACCAGCAGGAACCUCCACACCCCAAUGUACUUCUUCAUCUCACAUCUGUCCAUCAGUGACAUCUUGUUAUCCACAGAUAUUGUCCCCAACUUGUUCCACAUCCUCCUGAAUAAUGGGGGAACCAUGACUUUUAUUGGUUGCAUGACUCAAUUUUAUUUUUUCAGCUCCUCAGAAGCAUAUGAAUGUCUUCUCCUCUCGGUGAUGUCUUUUGACAGGUAUGUGGCCAUCUGUAAUCCUCUCCGUUAUACUUCCAUCAUGAAAAGUACAUUCUGUAUGAAGUUGAUCAUCUUGUUUUGGUCGGUCAGUUUUUUUAAUUCAUUCAUUUACGUUUUAACAACAACAAGACUGAAGUUCUGUGGAUCGAAUAUAAUUGACCAUUUCUUCUGCGAUCUUCUUCCUGUACUGAAACUUGCUUGUUCUGAUCCAUUUCCUAUAAAGUUACAUAUGGCUGUGAUAAGUAUUCCAUUUCUAAUUAUUCCCAGCAUAAUAAUUGUUAUUUCCUAUGUGAACAUUGUCCGCGUCAUCUUACGGAUCCCAUCUAACAUCAGUAGACAGAAAGCCUUCUCCACCUGUAGCUCCCACCUCAUCGUGGUCUCCAUAUUCUACUUGACUCUAUUUAGCAUUUACAUUCUUCCAACAGAUAAACAAACAUCUGAGAUGAAUAAGAUCACAUCCCUGCUAUAUACUGUAUUUACUCCACUGGUCAACCCCAUUAUAUACAGUCUGAGGAAUAAAGACAUAAAAAAUGCCGUAAAAGACACUGUAAAGAAAUGUGUAUAA